AUGAUAUUCAAGCUGGGCUCGGUUCUACUCUCACCUGCGCCGAUGGAAGUGGAUUUGCAACUGGAUCAAAAAGAGCCUGUCUACACACACCGAGAUACGGUAUCGGGCCGGGUGAUUUUGUGCAAUGAGUCAGCCGCCGAUUUGUCGACUGUUGUUCUAAAGCUGUCGGGGACGGCAAUAUCCAGAUUCAACCACAGCAGCCGUACCGAAACCCAUCAUAUUUUCAAAAAGUCACAGCAAAUCUUCCCACCAGAAUUGUUGAUGAAGGAGUCGAAAGGAUCUAGUGUAACCCUCGGAGGUGGGAUUCUCACAUUGCCGUUUUCUAUCACGGUCAGUACUAUCGAAGUCAUCAAAACAAACCAAUACCUGAAUAGUAACUAA